GCCCUUCGGAGCGAUAGCAGCCAAAAGUGCUUUGGGAAGUCUUCACAGCAUAGAGACUCACCAGCUUCUUUUCAAAAACUUUGGGGAGCAAAUUUUGCCCCCCUCACCUGCCCCAGCAAUGGGGGCUGACCAUCGACCUAAGGGGCCCCCAGGCCCAGGUCGGGGUCACACUCCCGCCUCUGGCCCUGGACCAGUUGGUCCACGGGCAAAAUACCAUAGGUCUUACAGACCAAAAGUCAGACAAUCCAGUCUGAUAAGAAAACUCAGGGCCAUCGUGGCACUGCUGACCACUCUCUGUGGGCUUCAGACUCGACAACGCGUGUGCUCCAACAGAGUGAACAUCGGUAAGGCCAGGAUGCCACCACCCCGUAGGCUAGGACCUGUACUGAGCACGCCUGAUCCUACCAGACGAACCGGCAAUGGAAGGCGGAGGAAGCAAACCUGCAAAGAAGAAGCCAUGGACACUACUCCUCCAUACACUCCACCUCGGGAGGAGGAGCCCAUGGACACCACGCCCCCAUAUGAGCCACCAGAACUGAUGGACACCACACCGCCAUAUGAGCCACCAGAACUGAUGGACACCACACCGCCAUAUGAGCCACCAGAACUGAUGGACACCACACCGCCAUAUGAGCCACCAGAACUGAUGGACACCACGCCCCCAUAAGAAACAUCUUGGGCGGAUCCACACCUCCCCAUGUUCCACCACGGGAAGAGCCCAGGGAUAUCACACUCCACCAC